AUGCCGUGUGCAAUCAUUUUUAUUUGGAUACCAACGUUUCUGGUAAAAGUGGCUCUUUACAAUGGCACCUUGUCGUCAAUUACUUAUGUGAUAAUCAUAGUGAGGGUUCAAGUGAUAGUGACUCUGGUUGGCCUUCUAAUAGGCAAACAUGGAUCAUUUGUUAAUCAAAUCAAAGCAAAAACUGGUGCAAGUGUUUAUGUUAGAAAUCAUCCUGAUUCGGUCAAGCAAAAAAUUUGUGCAGUUGAAGGAAGUCAAAAUGAAAUUGAAGCAGCUUUAGAUAUGAUAAAAGAUAAAUUUCCUGAAAAAAGAUUCCCCAACUUUUCAAUUCAAGAAAUAAGUCCAGAAUUAUAUCAGAAAUUAGCACCUUUAGUACCAGAAUUUCUUCAAUUGCAGCUUGUUGAAUCAGUUAACAAUGACACCAUAAUGACAUGUUUGGUGAGUGCGGGUCACUUCUUCCUACAACAACCAUUGCACCCAACCUUCCCUGCGCUGCACGCCUUGCAUCGGCUUAUGGCGGCUACAUAUCAGAAUCCAGACGUGCCCUCCCUGCCGCGCCCAGUGAAAGAGGGCUCAAUCUGUGCAGCACCUACAGAAAAUAACUGGUAUCGCGCUCAAGUGAUAUCAACAUCGGAAGAAAAUGACACAUCUGUUGUAAAGCUGGUGGACUUUGGAGGAUAUCUCACUGUUGAUAAUGACCAGUUAAAACAGAUCCGUUCAGACUUUAUGACUCUGCCCUUUCAGGCAACAGAAGCCCUAUUGGCAUUUGUCAAACCAGCAAAUAAUGAAUUGGAGUGGAGUAGUGAAGCGCUUCGUAUAAUGGCAGGCCUCACAGCAGGGCAGCUGCUUCACGCGCAAGUCGCUGGUUACGACGAAGCGGGCCUGCCACUGGUUCAUCUUUACCUUACUCUUAACCCACAGCAAGUUAUAUUCUUAAAUAGAGAGCUAGUAGAGCGUGGAUUGGCGGAGUGGGAAAUUCCGCCAGAUUCA